AUGUCAAGCUACGCUGAUGGGCCAGAAUCUACCGAUUCGGAAUUCGAUGAUGAAUUCGGAACUGCAGAAAAAAAAAUUGAUGAACUGGAAGCGAAACUGGGACGUCAAAUGCUUGAAAACAGGGAGCUGAGAGUGCCUUUGGAGGUGCAGCAGAACUGCUCGAACCGGCUGCAGGAGCAGCUCCGAGUUCAGCAGAGGCAACACGAAAAUGCCAAAACACGCUAUGAGGAGGUGCUGGCACGGUACGAUAGGAGAGUGGAUGCGCAGGAAGCAUCUAUUGUAAAAAAAGAUGAUGAGGUAGAACGAUUGGUGUUGGAUCUGUAUAAAGCUAGGCGUAAUCUCCCAAUCAAGCGUGGCUAUAAUGAGCAGCUUCAUAAUGUAGUUCUUCAUGAUAUGGAAGAGGAGGUCAUGAUGGCGAGCCUCUCUAGGAGAAGCGUUACCAGCUCCUACAUAGAUGUGCAAGGAGAUGGACGAGCUACUCUUACUUUGCUAUUAUGUGAUGAUACGCAUAUAAGCGGUGUUAUGAGGACAUCGGAUGGUAGGCCAUACAGUUUCAUUUGA